AUGGCGUCAAAAAAGGCUGUUGUCGAGUGUCCGUGUCCGUGUCCCGAAGUCGUGGCCAUCAGGCGCAAAGAUGGUAAAUAUCUCAUCCCCGGUAUAAUCGAUAACCGACCGUAUUUGUUCUUCAUUGAAACAACAAAAGAUGACCCCAGAAUACUGUUUGAGAUCAGGAAGCAUCAUCACAGUGGAUUUGUCUGCCUAAAAUCCAUUUAUGUCCAAAAAUUUUGGUAUCGCACUUACGGCGAAUGGAUCAUUCCUGACGGCUGUGACGAAUGUAACAUGGACACGCAGUUAUGUAUUGUGGAUAUUUCAAACUCUGGCCCUGAAUUCGUGGUAAUAUACAACAGAGGAAACAACAAGUUCUGUACAUGCAGGAGUGCGGUCCCCGGCAGCCCGGAGUGUCUCAUUGCCAACCAGGAUGGCCAGGAAAGGGCUUUGGUGCUGGAGGUGGUGCACCACCCUCAAGCAUGA